AUGUUGAAACCCUCAUCUAGCAUAGGCCCUUUAUUGUUACGGUGCAUUAGAAGACCUGGCACUCAACUCCCUGCCAGCGUCAAGCUCCAAAAUUUCCAUACUGAAGUGUUGAAGCAGCAGUUGAAAAAUGAUGCAGUGAUCAAUGAAACUUCUGGGGUCAUCAUGAGCGAACCAUCAAAUCCAGCAAAUAUCCCAGAACCUUCGGAAAAUAUUAAUCAAGACAAUCAGUUGGACGCCAAGCCUGCCUUGGAAUCAACAAACAAGGACGACGAUGUACCUUGGUAUAUGCGUGAAGAUGAAGAUACCAGCUUUGUCCCAAAGAUUGAAAAAUUCGAGAUGCCGGAACUACCAGAGAACUCCCCACAGUCAUUGGAAAAUAUCGUAUCGCAUAUGGGAGGCACCCUCAGUUUGAGUGAUCUUGUAAUUAUGGAUAUGACAAAAGUUGAUCCAAGCGAGGCCACCGCCGCCCCAGACUUUUCAAGAUAUAUGAUCAUUGGUUGUGGUAAAUCUAGCAAGCAUAUCAUGAAGGCCAGCAUUAUUUUACGUAAAUAUUUAAAGAAUGAAAUGGGGGUGCUAUCUAAUAUUGAAGGUUUGAACUACGAGUCGGCAAAGAAAGCAAACAAAAGAAUGAAGAGGAGUGUCAGAAAGCGGAACAUGUCGAAUGUCAAUGAUCUUUAUGGUGGUGCUGGAUCUGUACCAAAUUCGUGGGUGAUGAUCGAUACCGAUGUUGACGGUAUUUAUAUUCACAUCUUAACCCAAGAAAGAAGAGAAGAGUUAAAUUUAGAAUAUUUAUGGGCGCCAAAGAACGAAAAGCACAAAUAUGAAAAGCACCAAAGAUUAAGCACCUUGGAAAAUGACGAUAUUUUUGCCGGUAUCAGAUAUUACCAUACAUUGACGAGAAACUUCCUGCAUGGUCAAAUCCAAACUCAAUUGCAGCAGUAUAUCAAACAGCACAAAGUUAAUUUCAACUCCGCAGCAAUUGUCAACCAAGAUAUUAGUACCACCCCUGCUGAUGUAAAUAUUAAUUCCACCAUAGAUAUCCUCAAGACUUUGUCCGACGAAGAAUUCUCAACAGUUUUUGAGCGUUCUCAACCAGUCACUAAACCAUUUUCAUCAGCAGAAUUACAAUAUUAUAAAAACCCAAAGGGUCAAAGUAUUUCUACGGAUAUCGUGCAAAAAAUUAACUCUUCUCUUGCAGUUUCUCAACUGGAGCUUGACGCAUUCUAUGAAUUCUUUGAUUAUUUGUUCCAAAAAGACCCUUCAAUUGUUGAUCCAAUAAGUUUGAGAAAGAUUAUUUCUGCCAAGGUUGAGCCUCUUACGAUAAAGGACAUCAUAAAGCUAUCCAACAGUUUUGUAAGAUCUUUAAGUCAUGCUCACAUUGAUGGUUUAGUCGUGAAGAAAUAUGUUACAAGAAUUAAUGAAUUACUAAGGAAAUAUUCGGAACAAGGCGGGUCAUUGGACUUUACCAAUGAAGAUAUUCAGGUAUUGUUUCUUGAUAUUUCCAAAAUAGUUUUCCAUUCCUCUGCCAAUUUUUCACCAGAAAGUUUAGAAACAACAGAAAUUCCAAAAACAACUUCGGCAGCUGAUAAAGAAGCUGAUCCAGCUCAUAAUGAAGUACCAACUGUUGAAACAACUUCAGUGGAGACCGAUGCUGCUAAUUUCACAACUUACAAAUCUGAGGGGUUGAUCGCCAUCCUUUCGGAUCAUACACAACUAACAUACGCCAAAAUCAACGACAGAGAAUCUUUUGAAUUAUUCCUUGGAUUCAAGGAGGAAAUUCUUGUUAGAGCAAUGCAUUUUUACAUAAUUAACGGAUUCAUUAGCGAUUUCUGGUCGUUGUGGAAAAACCAAAAACUUUGGAUAGCCCCAAAUCUUUUUCCAGGAGAUGAAAAUGAUUUGAACUUCCAGCACUUUGACUCAAGACCUUGGAAAUCUUUCUUACUUUUAGGCUUGACAUCUGGCAAAUCGCAAUUCAUGGAACAGUUGUUGAAAUAUUUUAGCCUUAACUACCACCAUAGUAAUUUGGAAAGAGACGAUGAAGUGCUCGGAACUUUCAAAACAAUUAUGAAAUUAAUGGAUCCCAAGAGAGAGAAGUAUCCCGCAAUAAGAGAAUUGAUGAGAAAAAUCCAAUAG